UAGUUUCGAUAUCCGGAUCUUUUUCUCCCACCAUCUUUACGGAACGGCGUAAAAAUGGUGCAACGUCUUGUCCUUCGACGUAGGCUUCCCUACAACACCUCUUCGAACAAACGGAGGGUGUCAAAGACUCCUGGAGGUAAAUUGGUAUAUCUGUAUCUCGGCAAGAAGCGUACAGUUCCUAAGUGCGGCGAUUGCAAAGAGCGUCUAAGAGGAGUGAAGGGUGGCCGGCCAAAGGAGCGUUCCCGUCAGUUCCAUUGCGAAAAGCGUGUGACCCGCGCUUACGGAGGCUCUCGCUGCGGACAGUGCGUGCGGAACCGUAUAAUUCGGGCCUUCCUUAUCGAAGAGCAGAAGAUCGUCUCGCGUGUACUUAAGGCACAGAAGAAGUAGACAAACGACCAUCCUUCGUCAAUAAAAGCUCUUCUGAUGUUAUA